AUGGAUUAUUUGACAGAGACACUUCUGGCUUUAAUCAUUCAUAGAUAUACCCUGCCGAAAGCCAAUAAUUAACAGGAUCAAUGCUACUUAAAGACUAGUAACUAUCAGUAAAAGCCUCGAAUCAGACAAAAUAACCUGCCCUCUUUGAGUUAAUUUCCUGAUAUGCCAGAGCACUUUAAAGAAGCAUUUAUGAUGAUCAACAUGGCAAGAACUUCACCGUAACUAUUCGCGAAGUUUUAUCUUGAAAAGUUUAGAAUGAGAUAUGUUAAUGCAGAUGGAAAGGGGAAUUAGGAUACUGCUAAUAUAUAUGUGACUCUUGACAAAUCAAAAUCAUUACAAACCUAUGAGGGAAUUUACCCUUUAGAGGAGUGUGUAACUCGUUUAAGAAAAAUGAAACCCUUAGAUCCAUUGUUAUGGUCACAUGAGAUGUACUGUGCCUGCAAAGAUCAUGUUGAUGAUAUUGGGCUUGUGGGAUUAUAUGGACAUUCAAGCAGUCUUGGCUUAAACAUGUACGAUCGAAUUAGAGAGUAUUAUCCAGAAAAAGAACCUGGAAUGCUAGCUGAGAAUGUGGGAUUUGGUUCAGUCCAUCCAAUGGAAGCUCUUAUUUUGAUGUUAAUAGAUGAUGGCGAUAUUUAAGAUCGUAAAAUGCGUGAAAAUUUACUAGAUCCGAAUCAUAGAUAUUUUGCUUUUGCUACUGGUAAACAUAAAUUCUAGGGAGGAAUGUGUGUAGCAAUGUUUUGCUUGGAAUUUAUCGAUCAUGAUGAAGUUCAAAAUAUGCAUGAUAAAAUAAAAUAUAGCGAUAGAUAGUACAAUAUAUAUUGA